UCUCAGGAACUAUAUAAACCCCAAUCUCCACAUUCCCAAUACCAAUCCACUCAAUAAUACCAAAUUAAAGAUCGUAAAUAACAAAAUAAUAAAUAAAGUGUAUAGAAAUAAUUUGCCAAGAUGGGCGAUACCCAGAAUAAGGCGAUCCUCGCCACCUUCGUCGUGGUGGCGUGCAUGAUCUCCUCCGCCGCGGCCGGCGCCGGCGAGGCCGCCGAGAUCGAGGCCAUGUGCGCGAACGCCGAGUACAAAGACACCUGCAAGAAGACCCUCGCCAACUCCAACAACAGCGAACCCAAGGGGCUUCUGCUCUCGUCGUUCAACUCCACCAUCGAAAACCUCCGAACCGCCAUCACCAAGUCGCAGACGUACAAAGACGCGGCGGCCGACAAGCGGACAAAGGGGGCAUUGGCCGUCUGCGAGCAGGUGCUCAACACCACCGUCGAUAAUAUCAAAAGAUCGAUCGCCAAGAUCGACAAAUUCGAGGUCAGUGACGUCGACGACUACAUCGACGACGUCAAGGUCUGGCUCAGCGCCGGCGUCACCUGCAAGGACACCUGCGUCGACGCCUUCGAGAAUACUACCGGGGAGACAGGCGAGAAGGUGAAGCAACUGCUCAAAACUUCUGGCGAGCUGCUCAGCAACGGCCUCGCCAUAGUCGACGGCGUGGCAAAGCUUUUCGAGUCGCUUGAUCUCGGAAAACUUCUCAGCGGCUCGAAAAGGGUCCUCGAACAAACGAUCCCCGGCUUCGUCGAGCGGCAUCAGAGGAGCCUCCUCGGAGCUGCUCCGGGGAAGUUUACGCCGAAUGCAGUGGUGGCGCUAGACGGCAGCGGAAAAUAUAAGACCAUCGCAGCAGCCAUCGCAGCGGCGCCCAUUAAUAGUACUAAGUUGUUCAUUAUCCAAAUCAAGGCCGGUGUUUACAAGGAGGUUCUCAAGGUUCCCGGCGGCGCUAACAACGUCGUUUUCAUCGGAGAAGGGCCCACAAAGACUAUAAUCUCCGGUAGCCAGAGCUUCGCAGGGGGCAUUCCCACCUUCCAGACUGCAACCCUUUCUGUUGAUGGUGAUGACUUCAUGGCUAAGGACAUCGGGAUCGAGAACACGGCCGGAGCCUCCGGCCGCCAGGCGAUAGCAGUGCGCGUCUCAGGCGACAAGGCGGUGUUCUACAACGUGCACAUGAGCAGCUACCAGAGCACCCUCUACGCCCACAUCUACCGCCAGUUCUACCGCGACUGCCGCAUCUCCGGCACCAUGGACAUCAUCUGGGGCGAUGCCGCCGCCGUCUUCCAGAACUGCGUCAUCGCCGUCAGGCAGCCGCUGCCCAACCAGAUCUGCUCGCUGACCUCCCAGGCCCGUAACGACAGCCGUGGCGUGGGCGUGACCGUAGUCCAGAACUGCACCAUCACGGCGGAGAAGGAAUUCUUCGCCGCCAAGCCCCCGGCGAAGGCGUACCUCGGCCGGCCGAUGAAGCCGUUCUCGAGGACGAUCGUGAUGGAGUCGAACAUCGAGGGCUUCAUCGCGCCGGAGGGGUGGACGCCGUGGAUGGGGACAUUCGCCCUCGACACGCUCUACUACGGCGAGUACAAGAACCGUGGGCCGGGGGCGAAUACCGCAAAACGGGUGACGUGGAAGGGUAUCCAGAAGAUGACGCCGGAGCUUGCCGAUAGCUUCACUCCGACGAAGGUGUACGCCGGCGAUGACAGCUGGGUGAAGAACACCGCAAUUCCUUAUGUCGGAGGGAUGGUCAACCCUAAAUGAGUAGAAGCUAGAUCUUUAUACGUCGAAAAUCGAUGGUGAGAAAGAUGAUGCUUAAUUUUCAGGAAUAGAAAUUGCAUGUAUUAUUCUUAUGUCUCUGCAUAAAAAUUGAAAAUUAUACCGAUCGAUUGGUGAUUUCAUUACCAAAAUGAAUCUAUUUUAUUUUACUCUCUUUGAAUUAAUACAAUUUUGAAUAAUUCUUUUUAUAUAAA